AUGGCGGACAACAACGACGCGCAGCAUGAGCACACCUUCGACUCCGCCGAUGCGGGUGCCUCCACCACCUACCCCAUGCAGUGCUCUGCCUUGAGGAAGAACGGUUUCGUCUGCAUCAAGAACCGCCCCUGCAAGAUCGUCGAGAUGACCACCUCCAAGACCGGAAAGCACGGCCACGCCAAGGUCCAUCUGGUCGCCAUCGACAUCUUCACCAGCAAGAAGCUCGAAGAUCUCUGCCCCUCCACCCACAACAUGGACGUUCCCAACGUCACCCGUCGCGAGUACCAGCUCCUCGACGUUACUGACGACGGUUUCCUCUCCCUCAUGUCCGACGACGGCUCCACCAAGGACGACGUCAAGAUCCCCGAUGGUGAAGUUGGUGACAAGAUCAACAAGAUGUUCACCGAGGACGGAAAGGACACCAACGUCAUUAUCCUUACUGCCAUGGGUGAGGAGGCCUGCAUCGACGCCAAGGAGGCUCCCAAAUAA